GAGGUAUUUCUAGGCGGCGGGCAUGAGCAGGCUGAAACAGCUUUACCAAGUAUUUAGACCAGGAAUUUAGUUAGAAAGUCAUCAUGAUCCAUGUGGAAUCUGUCGAAGAUCAGAUAACAUCAUUAACCCAUGUGAUACCUGGGGAUAAAGUGUCCCCAGAUGUUUGUACAACCCUGAAAAGUUUCUUUAACAAACUAGAUGAAUGUUUGAGGGCUGAAGUGAAGAGAUCGAAGGAGCGCUGCCUGGACGAAGCAGUUCAACUCCUCAGAAAGAUUCCCGUGGAUCAGCUGGAAUCGUUGGAUGAAAAACACCUUCACCUUCUCAUCAAGCUUCUCCUCGCUAUGCAGUUACAGACGGCGAACAUCUCCACUGCCAGUCGCAAGUUAGACCAGAUGUUGGUACAUUUGGCUAAGGUGAACCAAUCACUGGUUUUUGGGGAAACCCGACGUUGUAUACACGCCAUAGUGGACUCUGACCAGACAUUAUCAAGUGAGGACCUUCAGAGAGCCUGCAUGUUCCUGGAGGACAGCGCGGCGGGCCGCGAGGUGUGGCGAGGCGUGUGUCCGUCCCUGCUGGGGAAGGUGGCGGAUCUGUUCCCCUGCAUGCUGGAGCAGGAGGCCUGGAGGAAUGGCCCGCUGUGCUACCUGGUUGUCAAGGUUUGUUUGCAGAUCUUCCAGCUGCUGCCGGGUGAAGUGGCUCCGCUGGUGUGGGGGGAGGAGAGGGGCAGCCCGGCCCUGCAGAGCAUCCUCCAGUGCCUCAUGGACAUCAUCCUGGGCAAGUGCUCCAACAGAGAUACCCGUCUGCUGGCGGGGACGGCCGUUGCCAUGCUGAUCAACACGGCCCCGAAGGAGGGGACACCGGAGGAGGGGGCCCUGGAGGAGGGGGCCCUGGAGGAGUCUGGGGGCGGGGGGGCCGCAGCCUGGAGCCUCCUGCAGGUCUGUCUCUCAGAGGUGUGGGUGCUGGCUGUAGGUGGUGUCCAGGUGCAGUGCCGUCCUCGGGGGCAGGAUGGGGUGGAGCGCCUGGCCGUGAGCAGAGGCCUGCUGACCUGCUGCCGGAAGGACAUCCUGGUCAGUCCUGGUCCGUCAGGGCGCCCUGGGCUGGACACCCCGCAGUCGUGUUUCCUCCUGGACGGGUUAUUCCACCUGGUCUCUGCCCUGUGCGAGGAGAAACUAGACUGUCAUUACUACGUCUUUGAAGUGUUGACGCUGUGGUUGAAGAGCGUGAGAGCGACUCUGGCAGAGAUCUGGAAGGUCACAGCAGCCCCUCUCCUGUCUGAGGACUCGAGCCUUCAGACACGCCUCACCCAGGUGAUCUGGAACAACGCUGAGAGCCCAGUGGAGGGCGUGUCUGAGUUUGUGCGCAGUGCUUUCAGUCUGCUGUUGGAGGUGUAUGAGAUGGACUGCCAGCGCUUCGGAGACACUCACAAGACCCUGUAUGCAUCUCUACUGGACAGGGUGGCCAAGCUGCCCUGGGGCACCAAGGCUAAAUACCCCCCCCUCUGUGCUCUUCUGCCCUACCUGGGCACCCACAUGGUGCUGGUGCAGUACUCCGACCUGCCUGACCACCUCCUCAAGUGCCUGUCCACCAAUCAGCUGUCCCCGUGUGCCACAGAGCUCUACAGGUGUCUCCUCCAGCAGCAGAGGCGGGAACUGUGUGAGGUCACCGCCCCAGAGGCCCCACCCACCGAGCUGCAGAUGGCCAAUCGCUGGGCGGCUUACUGGCGUCCUUAUCUACUGGAAGCCCUGAUGUCUGAUGUGCCUCUAGUCCAGACCAACAGCUCCACCCACCUGCUGCCCUGCACCCUCCGCACCUACCCCGCCGCCGUGGAGCCUCUGCUGGCCCACCUGAACCCAACCAGCCCCCAGGAGCUCCACGCCUGGGCCUGCGUCGUGAGUGUCCAGCGGGCCACGUCCGGAGCCUCCCCCUGGAACCUGGAGGGGCCGUCCUCCCUGGACACCCUCCAGCUGGCGCUGGGCUCCGCGGACGACAAGGUCCGCCUGGCUGCCCUGGACCUGCUGUGCUGCUGCCCCAGGACCAGGGAGCCCCCCCGCCCGGAGGAGCUGGCCCUGCUGAAGGCUUUCAUCCCUCAGAACCUUAACAGUGACUCGUCCCCGUUCCGCCAGCACCUCCAGGCCCGCGUCAGGAAGCUCCUAGUCCGGGUCCGAGACAGCUGCCUCGCCCUCCUCCGGAGACGGAAGGGAGGAAGGGUCGGAGACAACGCCUACUCUGCCGACGGGGGCGGGGCUCUGGGAGAGGGAGUGGGGUUUGUGGAGUGGCUGUCUCAGCUGCCCUGCUCCUACCUGGCCCCUGGUCACAGCUUCCAGAGGAAGAAGACUGUUCUGCUCCUCCUGGCCGCCGUGCUGGAGACCUGCACCGACACCUGGAGCCCAGACAGGAGGAAGGGCCAGCCCCCAGUCAACAUGGCUUCUCUGAUCGACUGGGCCAGGCAGAGAGGACUGUGGGAUUUCUUCUCCAGGUCCAAACAGCUGGUCCUUAUUGGAUGCCUCGAGGAUUCGACCAAUGAGAUCAGGGAGCUGGCGGCCGACCUGCUGGCCAGGUUCUUCCCGGGCCGUCUCCAUGACGACGUGGUGGGGGUGGUGAGCAGGAGAGCGGAGAUGCUGGUGUGCAGCCCGAGGGUUCCUCAGGCCCAGACGGGGGCGCUGAUGAUGAAAGUCCUGCUUCAGAAGUGUGGAGACCGAUCCCAGGUGCCUUGGCAGGGGUGCAGCCCUAACCCCAGCCCCGGAGGGCAGGGGGUCACCCAGGCCUCCAGCCUGGUCCUGUACCUCCUGAAGGAGCUGGAUCUGCACUACCAGACCGCCAAGGCUGACAUGAUGCUUGCUGCAAAGACCAGACCCAUACAUGGUGUGCUGAGCGCCCUGGAGAGGUGUCUGCUGGAGGCCCCUGGGAGCCUGGGCGAGGCCCUGGACCGCCGGGCCGCCGUGGAGCUCCUGGGGCUUCUGGAGGACAUCACACAGCUGCUGCUGGGCGCGCUGUACGGAGAGCAGCACGCCAGCGCUGCACACACAGACGUGCCUCCGUCCCUCAGUGACAUGGGCAGGGCCAUCGGCUCCCUGGUGGCCCAGCGGGCAGGGGACGGGGAGGAGUGUGUGCUGCUGUCUGAGGAACACAGCCUGGUCCUCACAUGCUGCUGGGUGGCCCUCAAGGGAAUUGGAAUCUUCCUGGGUUCCCUGGUGGAGAGACUCCUGACUGGGUCCACAGAGACAGCCUGUUUCUUCACGCUGGAGGACAUGCGAAGGGCCUCCAAAAUCUUCCAGGACAUUCUCCUGAAAUGCCGCCACUGGGGGGCGGUGGAGGGCUGCUGUGUGGGCUUCACCAGGUUCUGCGCCUCCCUGCUGGGCUGCUGGGACCCAGAGCUGAGGGCCAUCCCAGCACACAUGCUGCAGCAGGGGCUCCAGGUGGUCCAGUCUCCCCGGGGUACGUCGGUGACGCGGCGUGCGGCUGGCCUGCCCAUGCUCAUCCUGUGUGUGGUGUCUGCUGAGGAGGCCAGCAUGGCCCGGCCCCUCCUGGCCCACAGCGUGAACACCCUGCUGGGCACGGCCAGCGCCGCGCUGCCCCAGGACUGGGACCCCACCCUGGACCUGCCGCAGGUGUCUGCUGUCCACACCCUGCAGGCCCUGGUUCGUAGCUCAGGUCUGGGCGUGGCCGUGCUGCAGUUCGCCUCCUCCGUGGCCAUCUUGUCCCUGACGCUCCUCAGUUCCCCCUGCUGGGCCAUGAGGAAUGCCGCGCUGCAGCUCUACAGUUCACUGUGCUCUCGUAUGCUGGGCCAGCGCUCUGGGGGGGAGCAGGGCUGCUCCCAGCAUAGCAUGUCCCCCCAGGCCUUCUUCACCCACUACCCCGCCCUGAAGCCCUUUCUCCUGGGGGAGCUGAAAGGUGCAGCGGGGGACCUCCAGGGCCCCUCUGGGGAGGCCAGGCUGCGCUUGCACCCCUCCCUCUACCCUGUCCUCACCCUCCUGGCUAAACUCCAGCCUGGGGUCCCAGACCACACAGGAGCGCUGGCGAGCUUCCAGUCUCCCCUCCUCCAGCUGGCCUCCAGCCCCGUCUACAGCGUGCGUGUCAUGGCCGCCGACGCCCUGGUCGCCAUGACGCCACCCUCGGAGUACCUGAGCACCCUGCUGAAGCUGACGGGGGGGCUGCCGGCGUCCCGGGACGUCUGCUGCCACAACCGCCUCCACGGAGCGCUGCUCCAGACCAAGGCCCUGCUGGAGAGGGCCAUCCCCACACACAGCGUGCCGCUGGGUGAGGUGGUGAGGCGUGUGGAGUCCAGGGUGUGGCUGGUGACUGGAGCCCAGCGCUGCCCCCUGGUGGCGGGGGUGUUCCUGGGCGUGGCGGGGCUGCUGAAGGGUCUCCUGACUGGGGGCCGGGCCCCGCUGCGUGAGGCCCUCCUGGAGGAGCUACGGACGCCUCGACACAGGCUGCAGGUCGGCACAUCCUCCUUCCACCAGAGUGCCAUCAACUUCCUGUGUGUGAUCGACACCAGCUGGGCGUGUCAGGUCUGGGAAGCAUUCCCCACCUACAGCCCUGAUCUCAAGCUCUCAUUGGUCAGUUGGGUGGCCGAGGGGCAGAGUUGGAGAGGGACCAGCACACAGCAGAUGAUGGUGAAAAUACUGCAGGCCAGCCUGCAGGAGGCGCUGUCGAGCCAGAGCACAGAGUACAGCAGGACCUAUCUGACCGCCCUGGUGGCCGUGAUGAUGCCCGAAGGAGACCCUCCGCUGCCCCAGGAGCCCCCUGCGUCUGCCCCUCAGGAUGAGGCCUCCCUGCUGGGGUGUGUGGAGCUGCUGCUGGGGCUCCUGGAGGAACACAGGGGAGGACCGGAGUUCCUGUCCCAGGCCCUGACCGCAGCCAGCCUGCUCCUCUCCCAAAGCCUCGGGUCCAGCCUCUUCCCCCGCUGGUGUGGCGUGCUGGAGGAGCUCCGGGCCCCUGAGGCCCCCGAGGCCAUGCGGGCGGCCUGUGCCCUGGCCCUGUGCCUGGCCGGGGGCCCCCUGCUGAGUGCCUCCCUGAGGGACCACGCCCCCCUCCCCAGCAGCAUCAGCACUAGGGUGAUCCACACGGGCCUCCACCUGCUGCUGGACCAGAGCCUGCAGGUGAGGACCAGAGCCGCCUGCUUCGCCUCGCUGCUGUCCCACGCCUCCAGGGAGGCGAGCGGCCAGGUGUACCUGCUGCAGGUGAACCGGGCCCUGCCCCUGCUGCUGGACCUGCUGCUGGAGGAGGGCUGGGACUGCCCCCACACCCUGGAGGGCCUGCUGGGGCACCUGCCGGGGGCCCACCUCCGCUCCGUCCUGGGGGAGGCCGGGGGGACAGGGUGUGCCAGUCUGUAUGAGCAGGACGAUGCCAACGUGUUUGCCGAGCCCUCGGUGAUGUCAGCGAGCCUGCUGCCGUACCUGCGCCAGCUCUCACACAAAUACCCACAAUCCUCUGCUCUGGCGCGCCGCCUGAAUGCCUGGGCGGAAGUGAACGUCCCUGUGGUGCUCUCCGGCCUCGCCGUGUGCAGAGACCUCCACACAGGUGAGACUCUGGACGCUGUGUGGUUCUCUCUCCUCACGGACCCCCGUUUCCAUGGCACCCUCUGCGGCCUGUUUGUGCGGGCGAUCUUCCUCCUCCAUCUCCUGGAGGUAUCUCACGACCUACGACCCCUCUGUGACCCCUCGUCCCUACGCAACGACAUCCAGAACGUCCACGCUGCCCUGAGUGAGAGAGGGGUGCAGCUCCCCGCUGCCCUCUCUGCCUCCCCGCCCGGACCCCCCCCGCUGGGCCCCGCAGGGCCCCCCUCCACACGGCCCCCCCCCGCACGGCCCCCCCCCGCACGGCCCCCCCAGCCAGCAGCAGACCUACUGCCCCCACGCUACCGGGGAGCGGACUGCUGACACUGCAUCCUGUUCUGGAGCUCUUGGCAGACGAACACUUGAUCACAUCACAUCACUGUUGAGAGGGUUGCUGGAUAUCAACCAGAAUGUAUGUGUGUCUGUGUUUUGUGUGUGUGUGUGUGUGUGUGUGUGGGGGGGAGGGAAGGGGUUGUAAGACAGGACAUGCUGUGUAGCCUACUAAGCAAUUCCGUUCUCUCACUGAAGCCAUCAGCACACUGUCAGGAAGAACCCUCUGUGUUGAUGAUGUGCUCAUGUUAUGCACAUAUGUCUCUGAAUAUGGGUAACAAGGACGGUAAGAAGGAGUUGCUAUUUGUCAAGAUGGGGAUUGACUGCAGACAGUCUCCCUUCUGUGGAGGCCCAGUCCAGGCUGCUUCCAGCUGCCUCCACCUCUCCUGUCAUACCUUCAGCAGCCACAGAGGGGCGCUCUCCUUCACUCACAGAAGCCCUGGGCCUGUCCUGGUCUGCUUAUCUGUUGGGGUGGAGACGGUGAUGUAACUGUGGGGUGGGAGGGGGGGGGGGGUGUCGGAGGGGGACCCAGAUGCUUUCAUGCCCCAUUAGAGGCCUUCUGCCUGGGUAAGUGUCCAUUUUCAGGCCGGGACCAUAGAUGAAGAUGAUGGACUGCCUGGAGGAAUUUAUGGAGGGGGGGGGGGGGGGCAGUUGGUUGCUGUGCAACCGGCCGCAUGGGGAUGCAUCAUCAGAACAUUGGCCCACGGUUUUAGAGAAAGAGCCUUAACCAGCGUUUGGCAAAUGUUUGAUAUGAAGGGAACAGACAGAAGAGCUGGCUCUCUUCAGAAGUGUUUAGAGAGGGCAGGCUGACCUUCCCCUGGUGUACCGCAGAAGGUCAGUUCAUCAAGGACAAAGUGUUCUUCUUCUCUGGUAUGAAUAAACACGUGAUAAAACGUCCGGCCGAUUAAAGAUGUGCUGUCUGUUCCAGACGAUGGUUUGACUGAGUUGCUUGUUGUUGGAAAGACGGUUUAGAUGACCUCAGAGUUAAUGUGGGGCUCUGUAGACAACAAGGGUUUUGAUUGGUGUAAGACAAGGGUUUGUGUUGUCUGAUCGCACUGGGGUAUUCUCCUGUUUCCUGUCACCAGCUCAUUGUCUUUCCACUUUGUGACAUCACUAUCAUGUUAUUUAAUGUUGUUGUUGUUAAAUGUAAUUAUGUUUGUAGACACUGGGCCUGUUUUGACUUACUAUGUAUUGAAUAACAUUUACAUGAUUUAUGUAAUGAAACAUGUCAUCUCUAUUUUUAAUGUUUUAAUUGCUGGUGCUUCUCUUAUAAAUUGGCUUCAGGCAUUUUAUGCAACGUCUUGUGAUGUAAAAUUUGUAUAAAUGAUGAGAGGGUGUCUAGUCCUGCUGGAUUUAGACAUACCCUGAACUAGAGCCAGCAUCUGUAAAACUUUUCUCUCAGAAGAGAAUAGUGCACAAACAAAACCAGUCCAGCCACCAUGUUCCGCCACAGGCAAUUAUGUUGGAAGGUGUGCUUGGAAACACAGGUAAACAUUGUACAGAUACAAUAAUAUCGUCAAAAAUAACCAGUGAUUUCUUCUUUUGAAGAGAGAUGAUUACUGACCUAAAAACUUAAUCUGGAAGUGUUUCAUCACUCCUAUGAUUUCUGUGAUCUUCAUUUGCCUCUUAAGAUGUGGCAAAAGUUUUUUUUUCCCCAGUGGAAACUUGGUAGAUCAUUGAGAGGGAAAUGAAGCUGUCCUGGUCCAGCCAGGGAGCUGUGUUUCCUGAACUGUGGCCUGGUUUCCUGUGCGUUUGGAAGCUGACCAUCUGGCCUGAAGGGAGCGUUCGUUCCCAUUCCCCGAGCGUCCUCGGUUACCUGGAGACAACCGACAGACUUAGUAAUUCUGUGUCCAGCGAAGGGAUAUGAGGAGUGAUUAUCCACUGGGAAGAAGGCCAAGCUAGCAGCUAGCUGUUUACUCCAUUAGGGAACAAAAUAUGCUGCUUUUCCUCACUGAUGUUUAAGCUGUUCAACUGGUGUGUAAAGAAAAUGUUCUAAAUAAAAGUGUGUGCUGAAUGAAUACAUCGUAAGUGGUUAGGAAAACUGAUGUAUAGAUACAUAAAACUUCAGUGGUUCAUCACAUAAUAUUGUCUGACUGUUAUGGCAGGAGAAUGUUAUGUUUGCAGUAUAGAGUUAAUUGGUGUGUACUGCCUUGUACUUGUUGAACUUGUAUCACAAAGAAACAGGGAACGCCAUGUGUCACGGGGCACAAAGCACCGAGCUUUCAGAACAGGACAGAGAGUGCGAGAGGGAGCGGGAAGAGGGUGUUUGUGUUAGGAAUGUUUCUGAUAGCAGGAAGGCCGUUUGUUUGAAAAGUGUUGAGUUCACACCGAGUCAUGCACCGCCCCGUGGGCCUGUGGCCCUCUGGGGUUAGCAGACAAUGCCAGGGGCCUCUCCCCUGUAAGCAGCCUGCUGCGUGGGACCACAGAGGGGCUUGUGAUUACCCGCUGCCCUGGUCCCUCAGAGGCCUGCUCCAUCAGGGAUGUCAACAUGGGUCCAUGACCAAGACCCUGGGUAGAUUUAGAAACGGUUGAUGUGAGAUGUUGAUGAAUAUGAGAAAACAAGGAUGGGUGCUUUUGUUGUCAGUAACACACAUCUGUGAAAAAAUAUUUGGGGGGUAAUUAUUUGGCUUAGAAAUAGUCUGUUAACUAGUCAGAUAACAGGUUAGUGUUUGUACAGUGCUGCAAGGUUGAGUAUUUGCCCUGCAUUCUCUAAUUUUAGCCUGUUGUUUUGAAAGGGAAUAAAAUGGGGCAGUGUGGCAAUUAUUUUCGAG